GCUCGCUGUGCGUCGUGACCUCACACGCAGCAUGUCUCUCGGGGCGGAAACAAACAGCGAAGCGUUCGCAGAAGAGCUGCGAGGUUGCGUGCGAUAUGACUUACUCCGCCAGAAUAUCGCGUCGAUCUUUGUGCUCCGCUCGGUCCUUAUCUACCAUUUCAUACCAAUUACCGCGGGAGGAGUGUAAACAUCUCUGAAGUCAGGAAGUGGGAUGUGGCCCAGGUGAAAAGCUCGUUAUAUGGUCGCGAGCGUGGGCGCCGUGACUGAAGGCACGCGAUCGUGUCACACUCAUCAGGAUGACGCGUCGAGGGCGUGCGUUCAAUAUGUGAAUUCGUGCGUGGAGGACAGUAGUUUAGAGAAAUAACGAGCCAUUGCAGUGAAGUCUUCGGUGUGAGUGUCAGCUCAGCAUCAUAAUGGACUCGUCUGUGGCGCUGGGGAGGCUGGAGCACGCGCGUCCGGUAAUGACCCGCGGCUCGUGUUUACCGGAGGGCGCGCAGAGCGCUCACCUGAACGGCUGCGUGCCGCUCUCUCAUCAGGUUGCCGGACACAAGUAUGGCGUUGAUAAAGUGGGUAUCUUGCAACAUCCUGAUGGUACGGUCCUGAAACAGCUGCAGCCUCCUCCAAGAGGACCCAGAGAGAUGCAGUUCUACAGUAUGGUGUGUGCUGAAGACCACUGCGACCCCUGUCUUGUAGACCUCAAAGCUCACCUUCCCAAGUACUAUGGCACGUGGUCCUCACCAGACGCUCCCACAGACCUGUACCUCAAGCUGGAGGACGUGACACGCAGGUUUCAGAAGCCAUGCAUCAUGGACGUGAAGAUCGGCCAGAAGAGCUAUGACCCCUUCGCUUCUCAGGAGAAACGGGAACAGCAGAUCAGGAAAUACCCGCUGAUGGAGGAGAUCGGCUUCUUGGUUCUGGGGAUGAGGGUGUAUAAAGUCGGCUCAGACAGCUUUGACACGUAUGACCAGCAUUAUGGAAGAGGUCUCGUGAAGGACGCGAUCAAGGAAGGUUUAUCCAAGUUCUUCUACAACGGCGACAUUCUCCGCAAAGACGCCAUCACUGCCAGCAUCCUCAGAGUCCAGAAAAUCCUUCAGUGGUUUGAGGCCCAGAGUCGAUUCAACUUUUAUGCAAGUUCUCUGCUCUUCGUCUACGAGGGCGUCUGCGCGCCCAGUCUCGUCUCUCAGACCCUACGGGAGAGCCCAACUGCACCAGAGGCCUGUGAGCAGAACAACAACAUCAAUCAGAGCCUCUCCAACAUGUACUCCCUGCACAAGAAAAGCUGCGGCCGGAGCCACCACCAAGCCAAUCAGGACAAUGGCGUUUGGAGCUCCUCACAGCAGCCCAAUGGCAACCGCAGCUUGGCAAGACUGGAAGAGGACAGGAAGGAGAGUAAGAGCGAAGCGGGACAGGAAACAGUCAGUGACGUGGAGGUAAAGAUGAUUGACUUUGCACAUGUCUUCCCUAGUGACGUUCCCGACCAGGGUUACAUCUAUGGCCUGAAGAACCUACUGAAGGUCCUGCAUCAGAUUCUGGAGGAGUGAUGGAACGGUUCAGUGUUGUUGAAGGUAUGAAUUGUGUAGCCACUUUCAUGUCUGUCCACCCGCCUUUCUCUAAUCUGCACUACCUACACCAUCAGUGGAGUAACAUGUUUGUAAUCCUUCGUCUAAUGUAUGUGCUUUAGUCUUUUAAAAGCUUUGUAUAGUUUAUGAUAUCUUACUCAGGUAAAUGAAUCUAUAAUACUUGUAUAUUUAUCCUAACAAAGAAGAAACACUCUCAUCAUGUCAUGCCUCAGAUAUUGCGUAUUACUUCCUGUUUCCAGAGCCAUUGCAGGAUUUUUUUUUUCUUUUUAUCCUUUUUUUUUUUUUAACAUGACCCUGCCUGUUUCAGACCUGUUGAAUUUUAUCUCAUUUUUAAUGUGAUUUAAAAAGAAUUAAACUUUUGUGAGUGUGUUCAUGUUCUGUGAUUACUGAUGCAAUAUGACUGAAAUAACAGUGAAAGUAGUGAAGUUGAGAUCAUUUAUUGUUUUUCAUUGUACAGCCCUUGAGGUUUGUCUACAUCAAAUGCCAAAGUUUCCAUUAAUGAAGUGAACUUGAAUUGUGAUUUGAAUAAUACAGUCAUUCUUCGGAAUACCAACUAAUUUACUUGUGUGUCUAGGUAUUUCAUUAAAUUGUUUGUACACAUUUAUUUGCUGACAGCAUAGGACAUGGUAGGAACUAAAAAAGACAUUUAAUGUUGCUCGAUAUAAGAGGAAAACAAGAAUACCCUAAAUUAUAAACAUUUUAAUCUCAGAAAUAGAUUUUUCUUUUUCUUUUGUUGUUGAUCUCUUUCCUUUUACUUUAUCUUAAUUUGUCUUGCAUAUAAAUACAUAGUAUUUGUCAGUAAUCAUUUAACUUGUGUUUUUUGCAUUUGUGGUUUACAUGUUUAUUAGCAGCUUUUUUUUAAACCAAGGAAUUUUCAGGGUGCCCACCAUAGACUGUAUAAAAACAUGUACGUAGUGUCCGUGGCGUCACCCGUAGAUUUCUGAAGAGCGUUUUUGGAGCUCAAAGUGGGCGGAGUGGGCCGUCGCCAUUUUGGCCCGCGCCUCUCCCAGAUAAUCGAAAAUGGGCAAAAAGGCGGAAGCUAGUUGCUGAAGCCACGCCCACCUAGCGCGACAGCAGUGUCAGCAGUGGCAAUCCACCUGUCACUCAAGUGGCCAUGCCCUUAAUUAUGCAGAACUUUAAGGCUUAUAGAUUUUAAACGGAUGAGUUAUAAAAAAAAAUUAGCUAUAUAGACCAAAAUCAUUUUUAAAGAAUUAAACAAAAAACUUUUUACAUAUAUUUUUUUAUUUGUCACUUUAUUAUUAUUAUUAUUAUUAUUAAUUAAUUUAUUUAUUUAAUUACACUCAAAAAAACUUAAUCGGCUAGUAAUUAAUCUGCAUUUUGAGUGCAUUCAGUCAAAAUGUCAAAAAUGUGUCUAUUCGGCCUUCACUGGAAAAAGAAUGGAAAUUCAUUGGUCUUUUGUGUGGGAACCCUGUUUGCAUCCUUUUUCAAAUCUCAGGCAUAGCAUUUUGAUGCUUAAUGCUUACAUGUAUAACAAUCGUUCAUUUACAUCUCAAUAUGUCUUGCUGAACUCAUCAGAAAAUAGUGUCCUUUUGUAAGUUUCACAUGUAUCUCUUUUGUGUUAUUUGUGCAUCAUGUUUUGUUAGCUUGGUUGUGAUGGAUGUCAAAAGACCACAGCUAGUAGACUGCGGCAAGUGUACAAAAGACAAUGUAACAUUCUUGUUCACAUGCACCUUUAAAGUGGCACAUGAGGAAAGUUGCUUUCUGUUUGUACCCAUAAAGACAAAAAGUGCACGAAUAGCAUAGCUCUAUAGAAAUAUGUGUCUUCGGGCAAAGUUAAAAAUUGCCUUUGUGCCUAUCAAAUAAAAAAUAGUUCCUGGUGUAUAAAAGGUUUUUAGUAGACCUCAAGAACUGAAAGUGGUCUACAUAUAUAUAUAGUGCUUUCCAUUAUAAUAUGCUUUUGUUCACAAAUAAAUGAACUUAUGUCAUGUUUACAUUCUACCUUUAUGGUUAUCUGGACAAAGACACAUUGUUAUAUAGUCGUACAUGCAUAACUCAAUAAUUAUUGUCCAUUAAUCAUCUUAUUUAUGCACUGAAAGGAAGUGAAAAUAAUGUGUACGUUUUUGCUUUUUGUUAAUUUCAUUUCUUUUUCAUUGUUUGUUUUUUUAUAUAUAUAUAUAUAUAUAUAUAUAUAUAUAUAUAUAUAUAAUAUUAUAUAUAUAUAUUUUUUUUUUUUUUUUUUUUUUUUUUUUUUUAUAAUAGUAUAUAGCACCUAAUUGUUAACUACUGUAUGUGUGGUGCUUAAAGCACUUUAGUGAGCCUUUGGUGAGACUGGAUAUUUCCCUGUGGAAUAAAUUGAUCAAUCUUAUUUAAGGGCAUGAAACUGUUAAAUCUCAACAAACGGACAAAUAAAGUCUAAACACUCACAUCAACAUUUGUACACUGGCUAGAUCUUUUGUUUGGUGGAACGGCAGGAAUAAUUCCAUGUCAUUCAUUUUCUGAAAGAUAUGAUGAUAUCUCUUUGGUGUCCUAAUGCUUGCUGUUCAAUAUGCGGAAAUAUACAGGCCUGGGUUAGUGGUGUCUCAAUAUAUGUCCAUUUUUGAAAACCUGUCUUAAACGUUGUAAAACUUGGGGAUUAACACAAGAUGACAGAAUUCCGCAAAUAAAAACCAACUCAAAUGUCAUCACAUUCAGAUGGUUUUUCCAAAUAAAUAAUGUAUUCAAAUGUCAGCCAUGGUUUCCUGGAUAGAAUCAAGCCCUGAAAUGUUUUUAUAGUGAUUUUUUUUUUUUUUUUUUUUUUUUUUUUUUUUUUGAAAAACGAAUAAACUAAGGUUGUUGUAUUGGGCAACUGUCAUCUAAAAGUGAACAAACUCAAACCCGAUCAAUGAACACUUUGGUUUAAGCAAAUCUGAUGCUUAUUGACCUGUAUAGUGUGUAGUCUUUGGAGAUAUGUCUGUUCAACCCUGAUCUAAUUGUUCUCUUAAAUUACCACUUUUGAAUAUAGACAUAUGAACUUAAGAUUUACUUGGAUGAUACUGGGUGUAUAUUUGGCAAAUUUUCAUGAAUAAAAUCUACAUUUAAUACCA